AAUAUGACACGUGGAUGGAAGCUAUUGGUGGAGUAUGGAUAGAAUCAUAUCCAAGUUGGAUGGCUUGUGUUGAUUCUGAUAGAUUUUUUCCACCACUGAUUUAGUCGCAAGCAAAGAAAUUAAAGGUUGUGUUGUUGCUAUAGAACACAAGAGAGAACAAACAAAAAAAAGAAAACAAAAACUCAAAUUGAAGAGAGUUUGUAGUUGUGGAAGCAAAAGAAGAGAGAAAUGGCUAGCUUCACUGCCUCUGCUUCCACCAUCUCCGUCGCUCGUCCAGCUCUUCUUCUCAAGCCCACCGUUGCAGUAUCCACACCUGUUCUUGGUUUGCCUCCAAUGAGUAAGAGGAAGGGAGGAGUGAGAUGCUCGAUGGAGAAAAAGCAAGAAAACGUCUCAGUCGUGGGAGCUGGAGUUUCAGCGGCGGCAACGGCGGCUUUGACGGCUGUGAUGAGUAACCCGGCGAUGGCUUUGGUGGAUGACAGGAUGUCAACGGAAGGAACAGGAUUGCCUUUUGGGCUUAGCAACAACCUCUUGGGUUGGAUUCUUUUUGGAGUGUUUGGUUUGAUCUGGACUUUCUACUUUGUCUACACUUCUUCUCUCGAGGAGGAUGAAGAAUCUGGUCUUUCACUCUAAAACAUUGAACUAUAUAUGUCCUCUUUUAGCUUCAGUGUUCAUCUUUCUCCGUUUCCAUGUUCAUGUGAGGACAAUGAAUCACCAAUGUUCUUCUGGUUUCUUGUAAUUUGAAGUAAAGAUUAAAAAGACUAUUUUCCUGUGUA